UUAGGGCAUUCUGCCCACCUUCCACCCCCUGCCUACAGAUACUGUGCAGGGGACACUCAGCUUACGCUUAAGUGAAGAUACCAAGACUCAAGGAAGCCAAGCUACUCGCCAGGGGGUCACACCGCCCACAGAGGCAGAGCCGGAACUCACCCAGAUCCUGAGAAGACAGAAAGAUGGCUGCCUGGAAUGAAAAGGCAGUCACACGCAGGGCCAGGGUGGCUCCCGCCGAGAGGAUGAGCAAGUUCUUGAAACACUUCACCGUCGUCGGGGACGACUACCAUGCCUGGAACAUCAACUACAAGAAAUGGGAGAAUGAGGAGGAGGAGGAAGAAGAAGAGCAGCCGCCGCCCACUGCUGCCUCGGCCGGCGAGGAGGGCAGAGCCACUGACCCCACCCCGGCCCCGGCCCCUGUGCCCAGGCCCCGCCUAGACUUCAGGACCACUUUGAGGAAGCUCUUCAGCGCCCACAGGUUUCAGGUUAUCAUCAUCUGCCUGGUCGUCCUGGACGCCCUCCUGGUGCUUGCCGAGCUCGUUCUGGACCUGAGGAUCAUCCAGCCCGACAAGAAUAACUAUGCCCCCAGGGUGUUCCACUACAUGAGCCUUGCCAUCCUGACCUUUUUUAUGAUGGAGAUUUUCUUUAAGAUAUUUGUCUUCCGCUUGGAGUUCUUUCACCACAAGUUUGAAAUCCUGGACGCCAUCGUGGUGGUGAUUUCCUUCAUCCUUGACAUCGUCCUCCUGUUCCGGGAGCAUGAGUUCGAGGCUCUAGGACUGCUGAUCCUGCUCCGGCUGUGGCGGGUGGCCCGGAUCAUCAAUGGGAUAAUUAUCUCGGUUAAGACACGUUCAGAACGGCAACUGUUAAGGUUAAAACAGAUAAACAUACAACUGGCCACCAAGAUCCAGCACCUUGAAUUCAGCUGCUCUGAGAAGGAACAAGAAAUUGAGAGACUUAACAAGCUAUUGAGACAGCAUGGACUUCUUGGGGAGGUGAACUAGACACACACCUUCUCCAGCCCAAAGGGAAGACCUGCCUCAUAGGCUUGUGACGAGGAAGACAGCCGCCCCUCUGGGGCCAUGUCGGGGAGAGAUUUGGUUUGAUGGCUUUGCCUCACUGCUGCCGGUUCGGAUUCUGGGGGGACACAGCCUUUCAGAGGCUCUAUUUCUUAUCUUGGUGUGACUGAGAAUCUCCCACCCCACACUGUGUAACAAAUGUAUCAUAAACUCUAUUUUUCUCAUGUUGAA